UCCGGUGAAAAUGCAGUCGCUGCGAGCGUCUAUGAUCAUUUACGCACGCACCAAUGUGUCGGUGUGCUAUUACGAGCACUUCUCCGCGUUCAAACAAGCUUGACAUGUCUUUUUUUUCGUCUGCGGUUUUAAACGCUCAGCUGUUUUGAAGAUUGUGACAACUAUUUUUUUUUCUUUUUUUGUUUUUUUUAAUCCUCGCGGAGUGCAGGGGGAACAAACUAAAGGAAGUAGUUAUUCAAGACGGCAGUAACGGAUUUACAUCAUCCAGAAAAGGGAGACUUGUCUGGGCGUUUAUUGACUGAAAGAGUCGCACAAAUGGUCUUCCUUUGGGACGCCAAAUACGACCCCUGCCCCGGCCGGCGCUACACUCCCCCGUCCACCACGCUCGCCUCGGGGGGAAAGAUGGCCGAGGCUCUGGGUGCCCAGGAGGCCGGGGGCGGAGCAUCCCUGGUGGGCAAGCUGCGCAUGGCCGACCGCGACAUGGUGCUUUCGGAUCAUCCGGGCGAGCUCGUGAAGACGGACAGUCCCAACUUCCUGUGUUCAGUGCUGCCCACGCACUGGAGGUGCAACAAAACCCUGCCUAUUGCUUUUAAGGUGGUUGCCCUCGGCGAGGUCCCUGACGGAACCAUGGUGACGGUGAUGGCAGGCAACGACGAGAACUACUCGGCGGAGCUCCGUAACGCCACGGCCGCCAUUAAGAACCAAGUGGCUCGAUUCAAUGACCUGCGCUUCGUCGGUCGCAGCGGGAGGGGCAAAAGUUUCAACCUGACCAUCACAGUGUUCACCAAUCCCUCCCAGGUGGCGACAUACCAGAGAGCCAUCAAAAUCACAGUGGAUGGGCCCAGAGAGCCGCGACGUCAUCGCCAGAAGAUGGAUGACAUCAAGCCCGGGUCGUUGGCCUUUUCCGAGAGACUCACAGAGCUGGAGCAACUGAGGCGGAGCUCCAUGAGAGUGACUCCCCCACACCACCACCAUCAUCAUCCUCAUCAUCAUCCUCAUCAUCAUCAUCAUCAUCAUCAGGGCUCCGGUUGUAACACGCGUCAGUCCACGGCAGCGGCCGCGUUGCACUCGGCCACGUUCUCCAGCCCCACCCACACCCAGAUGGCGACUGAAGGGCGACAGAUGCCGUCAUCUCCAUCAUGGUCCUACGACCAAUCCUAUCCCUAUCUUGGACAGAUAACCACACCUAGCAUCCACUCGACCAAUCCCCUUUCACCAAGUCGCUCAUCGCUAGGCGAGCUGUCCUCACGUCUUACAGGUCCCGACCUGGCCGCGUUUAGUGACCCCAGGAUGACCUUGGAACGAUCGUUCACCUCUGUCCCCUCCUUGCCGGACGGCCGCUUCUCGGACCCGCGGGUCCAUUACCCCCCCACGGCUGCCUUCACUUACACCCCCCCGCACAAUCCCGUCUCCAACGCCGCCAUCGGCAUCACCAUGGCGACAGCGAUGGCCACCACACCCGGCGGGAGGUAUCACACUUACCUGCCGCCUCCGUACCCGAGCAAUACGCCACACCAGGGUCAGAACAGGCCCUUCCAGUCCACCUCUUCGCCGUAUCACGUGUACUACUCCACGGCGGCGGGCUCGUACCAGUUCUCCAUGAUGGCCGGGGGAGGCGGCGGCGGCGAGGCUCGUUCCCCGCCCAGAAUCUUACCGCCUUGCACUAACGCUUCGACGGGCUCCCCGCUCCUGCACCCGUCUUUGCCUAAUCAGAAUGAGGGCGUGGCUGUGGAGGUGGAGUCCAGUCAUAGUAGUUCCCCGGCAAACGCCGAGGCUGUCUGGAGACCUUAUUGACGGGGAUCGACAAAUAUCAGUGUGAAGCUCUACUGAUUUGCAGGACUGCCCCGACCGCAGAGGUUAAAGGUCAUAUUUGUACAUUUAUAUUUUCAGAAGAUCUUCUAUUACAGUGGUGCAGUGACUCUCCAUUAAAGCAGGCUCGUCACUUGAGUCUCAAAUCAACUUUUGCCCAUUCGAACAAAUGGAAAUGAUAUGAAUCCGUUCCAAAGUACCAAAAAGUCCAAACCUUCCUGACGAUAUGUUGUGUGUGCCCCCAAAAGUCUAAACGCGGUAUCCCGAUUAAUAUUUUUGGAAGAAGAAUUAAAAAAAGAAUAAUCCAGCCGUUUUCAGACAACCAAGUUUAUGGCUGUGGUGUGGGAGGGCAUGCAGUUUGCUGGCGCCAUCUAGUGGUCACAAAUUUGCUCAUUCAAAUAAAAUGAACAACGUGACAGCAAGUGGCUUUAAAACGUGCAAGUCGGGGUUCUCGUAGGUCAAGGUACCACUGUUAGUAUUUUUUGGGUUGGACGCUGGCUGGGCAGAGUGAAUGUUUUGCUCGUUUGCCUUGUUCUGAGGUUGGAGUUCAAUUCUCGGCUCAGGCUUUCUUAUGUGGACUUUGCAUGUUCUCGCCAUGCUUGUGGGCUUUUUCGAGUCUGGAUAUCCCAGCUUCCUCACACAUUCCAAAAACAAGCAUGUUUGUUUAUUUAAAACUCCAAAUUGUGCAUAGCUCACCUAAAAUGCUGUUUUUUGUUUUGUUUUGUUUUUUAACAAACGAGGCUACUUUUAAAUUCUUUAUUGAAUUCCGACAUGUACAUACCUGGAAAUAAAAGAGGAAAUGUCAUAUUCAA